GAUAGGAAAGCUUGCUCUGCCCGGGGUUGAGGGGUAUGGGUCUGAGGGUGACAGAAUCGACAGCCUCAAGUGGGCAAAGGGUGCCCAAACAGGAGUGGCCUCCGACGUCACUGUGGCGCGCCGCUUCCGGUCUGCAGCCUUGUAGUCGGGCUGGCGCAGAGCCUGCCGCGAACCCCCGGAGCCCACGAUCCCUCGUGCCAUCCCUCGAAUCCGCCAGCACGAGCGUCCCACCCGCGCCUGGGACCAUGGCCACUGACUCAUGGGCCCUGGCGGUGGACGAGCAGGAAGCGGCGGCCGAGUCGUUGAGCAACUUGCAUCUUAAGGAAGAGAAAAUCAAACCAGAUACCCAUGGUGCUGUUGUCAAGACCAAUGCCAAUGCAGAGAAGACAGAUGAAGAAGAGAAAGAGGACAGAGCUGCCCAGUCCUUACUCAACAAGCUGAUCAGAAGCAACCUUGUUGAUAACACAAACCAAGUGGAAGUCCUGCAGCGGGAUCCAAACUCCCCUCUGUACUCGGUGAAGUCUUUUGAAGAGCUUCGGCUCCCACAGAACUUAAUUGCCCAAUCUCAGUCUGGUACUGGUAAAACAGCUGCCUUCGUGCUGGCCAUGCUUAGCCAAGUAGAACCUGCAAACAAAUACCCCCAGUGUCUAUGCCUCUCCCCAACGUAUGAGCUCGCCCUCCAAACAGGAAAAGUGAUUGAACAAAUGGGCAAAUUUUACCCUGAACUGAAGCUAGCUUAUGCUGUUCGAGGCAAUAAAUUGGAAAGAGGCCAGAAGAUCAGUGAGCAGAUUGUCAUUGGCACCCCUGGGACCGUGCUGGACUGGUGCUCCAAGCUCAAGUUCAUUGAUCCCAAGAAAAUCAAGGUGUUUGUUCUGGAUGAGGCUGAUGUCAUGAUAGCCACUCAGGGCCACCAAGAUCAGAGCAUCCGCAUCCAGAGGAUGCUGCCCAGGAACUGCCAGAUGCUGCUUUUCUCCGCCACCUUUGAAGACUCUGUGUGGAAGUUUGCCCAGAAAGUGGUCCCAGACCCAAAUGUUAUCAAACUGAAGCGUGAGGAAGAGACCCUGGACACCAUCAAGCAGUACUAUGUCCUGUGCAGCAGCAGAGACGAGAAGUUCCAGGCCUUGUGUAACCUCUACGGGGCCAUCACCAUUGCUCAAGCCAUGAUCUUCUGCCAUACUCGCAAAACAGCUAGUUGGCUGGCAGCAGAGCUCUCAAAAGAAGGCCACCAGGUGGCUCUGCUGAGUGGGGAGAUGAUGGUGGAACAGAGGGCUGCGGUGAUUGAGCGCUUCCGAGAGGGCAAAGAGAAGGUUUUGGUGACCACCAACGUGUGUGCCCGCGGCAUCGAUGUUGAACAAGUGUCUGUCGUCAUCAACUUUGAUCUUCCCGUGGACAAGGACGGGAACCCUGACAACGAGACCUACCUGCACCGGAUCGGGCGCACGGGCCGCUUUGGCAAGAGGGGCCUGGCAGUGAACAUGGUGGACAGCAAGCACAGCAUGAACAUCCUGAACAGAAUCCAGGAGCAUUUUAAUAAGAAGAUAGAAAGAUUGGACACGGAUGAUUUGGACGAGAUUGAGAAAAUAGCCAACUGAGAAGCUCCACCAGCCACUGGUGCCAGCCCUGGCACUGCCCCUGCACAGGAGACAAGUGUGUUCAGGGCACAGGCCCCGACAUCACCCCAAGGACAACGGCACAAGUAGAGAGAAACUACCUACCUCACUUCAAAUUAUGUUUGGACUUGACAAAAAUGUAUGCAAAUGAUGAGGGAUGGUAGAAAAAAAUUAUUUACACAACCUUGGAAGAUUAGGCAUGAAUACACAGAGAUUUACCUUU